AUGUGUGAGUCGAACGCUCUGAGCCAAGAUUUGCGUCACGUGCCGGCUGCCGCUAAGCCCCACCUCCGCUCAUUGGCUGUAGCGCUCCAACUGCAUGGCCGAACGCGUCUACUCCAUCUACUGUCGCGACCCUAUUACUUCCGCCGAUGCUGCUACGUUAGCCUGCCGAGCGAGCCAUACGUCUAUCCUCCUUCUCGUUCGCCCAACACCGUCGUCGCCAUGUCGAUGAGCAACAGCGAGAGCUUCGUAGAGCCAGACUCUCCCGACGACAUCGAUUCAUUACCGUCCUCUGCAACGAGCUCCGAAGCCGACGAAGAAGAGUACAUGUCGGAUGCAGACCGGGAAUGGAAAGAGUCGUUGCAACAACUGGAGCUGUUGUUGACCAUGGUCAUGGUGCCAUAUCUGGGCAAAUACUUUGGCAGAAAGGCUGCUUACUGGGGAUGGGCCAAAUUCAUGGAAUGGAAGUACCCUGUCGAAGUCGUCUUCUCGAGUCCCAAGACAUUCAAGCUCGCUGGAGCUGUUGAGGCAGCAGCGACGUUAUGA